UGUACACGCGUUUCUCAAACUUCCUCUUAGGUUUGGAUUCCAGCCACCUAGAUCAUAACAUAGUGAUUAAAUAUGAAUUUCGGCGACGCUAAGAAUAAUAUUCUACAAAUACUGAGCAGAACAGACUGUCAGGAUCUUGUUAAACUGAUCAGUUGGAUGAAGUAUUCAGAUGAUCUUGAUAACUACUUGGUUGACAAUCAGAGAGCUAUACUCCAAAGUAUUGCAGAUGACCUGAGGAGUUGUCUUCCCUUGGAGGCUGUGUUUCCUUCAGAGACCAUGGCCAUUCAGAAGACUCUGCAGAACCCCAAACCUACUGUCCACAUGGAUGCAUUUUUGUAUGAUGAGGAAAUGGUAGAUUGUCUCUGUGAAGAGGGCAAGAUGAGUCGCAACUUCUGUCUCACUUGUGGAUCGCAUAAAACAGCACCUAUGGAAUUCAUCUCACAUUCCUUCUCGAUCUCGGAGCUCCAGUUCCUGUUUCUUCAAGCUCUCCCAGACCUGGCAGGAAAGAUGGUAGUGGAUGUGGGAUCCAGGCUUGGAGCAGUGCUCUAUGGGGGCUACCUCUACAGUGCAGCAGUGCAACUUGUUGGAGUAGAAAUAUGUGAAGAGUUUGUCAAGCUUCAGACAAUGGCUGUGGAGAAGUAUGGCUUCAGCGACAGAAUUCAGGUGAUUCAUGCAGAUAUAUGCUCUCAGGCAGUGUUGUUGCAAAAUGCAGAUGUGCUAAUAAUGAACAAUGUGUUUGAGUACUUUAUGGAGCCCAAAGACCAAGUAAGAGCGUGGCAGUUUGUUAGCCAACAUUUCCAAAAGAAAGGUGCAUUGUUGGUGACCGUUCCAAGCAUUCAAGAAGCUCUCAUGUCACUGCAAGAAACAAAUGGAGCACCAGUAAUUGGCCAUUGGUUGCAAGAAGUACCUCUUGAUUAUAAUACUUAUCUCCAAAAUGACACAGACCCAGAUUCCCUCAAGCAAAUACAUCUCUACACAGUACUUUGACCUAAACACACAAAAGAACAACUGAAUAAAACAUCUUGUAGAAGUAUAUCUUUGGUAAAUGGAUUUUCACAAAGGACUAUUCAUAGUAGAUUUUCAUGUAUUGAAAUCAGUUUUAACAAGAUUAAUAUAUCUUAUGAGUGUUGCACAGAUAAUGUUGACAUGGUGGUGCAGGGAUUAGCGUUGCUACCUCACAACACCAUGAUCCCAGGUUUGGUCCUGAGCUAGGGUUAUAGUCUGUGUUGAGUUUCUGUGCAUGUUCUCUUCAUGUCUGGGCUUCCUUCAGGUUUAACGGUUUUCUCCCACCUCACAAAAAUGCUACUAACUACUUGGCUACACUAAAAUGCCCUCAGUGUGAAAGAAUGACUUAAGGAAUGAAUGAAUUAACAGAUAAUGGUGAAACAAACUUGUCUUUUCUAAACCAAGCAGAUUUUGAUAGGGAAAGUUUUUUACUUUGAGCAUAUUGUCACAUUCAUUCAUUCAACAUUCAUUUGUUUGUCUUCAGUAACGACUUUAUUCUGGGAAUGAGGUGGGAAAACAUCCUGGAUGGGGUGCCAAGCUCCAUGCACUUACACAUUCACACCUAGGUGCAAUCUAUGUGCAAUAUGUGACCGAUAAAGACUCAUUAUCAUUAUAUAACAUAUUCAGUACUACCCACUGCACCACCAUGCUGUCCAUUAGGACUAGUUACUGUAGUCAUUUUGUAUCAAAACUUGGUACAAUCCAUGUUAUGAAUUUACCCACCAUAGUACACACACUGUAUAGCCAAAUGUUUCUGGACAUCUGGCCAUCACACCCAUAUGUGCUUUUUGAACAUCCUCUUCCAUAUGUAGUCCCCCUUUGCCAUUGUAAUAACCUCUACUCUACUGGGAAGACUUUCCACUAGAUUAUGGAGCGUGGCUGUGGGGAUUUGUCCAUUCAGCCACAAGAGCAUUAGUGAGGUCAGGCACAUUUGUCAGAUGAGGAGGACUGGGGCACAGUCGGUGUUUCAGUUCCUCCCAAAGGUGUUCAGUAGGUUUGAGGUCAGGGCUCUGUGCAGGUCACACAUGUUCUUCCAGUCCAACCUUAGCAAACCACAUCUUCAUCGACCUCACUUUGUGCAGAGGGGCAUUGUCAGUUCAGGUUAGUUCCAGUGAAAGGAAAUUGUAAUGAUACAGCAUACAAAGACAUUAUUUACAAUUGUGUGCGUCCAACUUUUUGGCAACCGUUUAGGGAAGAACCACAUAUGGGUGUGAUGGUCAGGUGUCCACAUACUUUUGGCCAUAUAGUGUAUUAAUCAAUGUUCCUUUUUUCCCUGAAUUCUUAUUUUUCCAAUCUUGCUAAUAAUUCAGUAAAUGUCAAUAAAAAUGUGGAUCACUGACAUGAUCCUUGACAAAAA